UGGUCUGGCCGGUCCAUUGGUAGCAUUUUGCAAUAGCCACGGGGUUGUGCUGGAAGGAAUCACAACUCCCGUGCCGUCUCCUGUUCAGUCCACGCUCCGAAUUGAUGAAAAGCCGCAGUUUCAGAUGUAUACUGCAGUAAGGAGACUGCACCGCAGCAGGAUUGUGCUCAGCAGCGGGCGGCUGGAAAAGGAACUAGUCUCGCACUAAAUGCGCACGGCGGCACACGAUACAAUACUAUUACACCUUUCGCCUCUUGUCCCAUUGCUUUAGGCAGCGGCCGGGGAUACAUCUCACGCCAGAAUGUGAGCUGGGCGAUCGCCGCGAACACCGAAGACAGGAUCCAAAGUGGCACUUCUUGUGCAAAGUGCACGGUUCGAAACUUCGCUCGAGGAUUUUUUGUUGUUGUUGUGAAAAUAGCAAAGGGCAGCUGAUAUUUGUGCGUGGCUGUGGCUGUGCCGCCGCAGACACUGCUGGGACUCGGCUGGUACACAAGUGGAUGAUGCAGCGUCGGUGUGUGGCAGCGCUGGAGAUGUGAGUCUCCCCUUCUCUCCCCUCGACUCAAUGUGUCAGGAUGGAGCGGUCUCGGGGCUGGGAUGACGCAAACCACCGUCCUCAACCGCAACCCUCACCCCCCCGCCCAAAAAUAAUAAUAAGAGGUGUUUCUGGGCGAAGAUGGCCGCAACUUCCACCCAACACGAUGAACACUGCGUUGCUCCAAACGCCAGGGCCAGCGACGUGUCGCCGGCAUCAGGAGAAAUAGUUCAACUUUUCUCCGCUUGCAUCUGAUGAAUUUGUUGGCAGGGUCGGAUGUGUGAGGCUGGUGUGAUGUGAAUCUGCAGAGAGUGGGCAGGGGAGAGAGGAGCUCGCUCAGCCGUCGCCAGGAGCAGGCUUUCCCCCCGGAGUGCCAUGGAUAAGUCUGGUGUGACUCUCCUUGCUGCUCCUACGGAUUGGAUGGCAACAGUUGACCACCAGCACAUGCAACCCAAGUGAACGCUCAACACAAUAGCAACGCGGCUGAUCUAGAAAGACAAACCCGGUCAAUGUAUAUCGAGGCAAAGGUCCGUUCGCCGCGGAGCCAGCCCGAGCCGCACUUGUCCACAAUAUGACCAGAGGCGCCUGGAUGUGUCGCCGGCAAGACAACGGAUUACAAAUCUGGUAUGUCCCCCGGCAGAACGACAAACCCUGCACGGAUUCAGAGCGGGCCCAGAAAUGGCGACUGUCUUUAGCAUCUCUGUUGUUUUUUACCGUCCUGCUAUCUGAUUACUUGUGGCUGUGUGCGGAGGCGAAUCUCACCAGAAGCAGAGACCAGGAGCGGAGCACUUCAGCCGAGCCGACGGGGGGGAACCGCUCACUGUCCCCACUGUUCCUCAGCGCUGAUCAGCCUAGGAGCACCGCCAGCAGUGACAAACGUGCUAUUUUUCUAGGUAACACCACUGGCCGACCCAUCUGCCAACUGGAACCGUGUCGCCCAUAUUAUGUGUGUGAGCAGUGUGUAAGUAUUGAAGAUGCAGAGACUGUGUGCGGGAGCGCCGGCGAGGAGGCGUCCAAUGGGUCUCCGCCGCUGUCCUUCAACAAUUUCCACCUUUCCUUUUGUGAAUCCUACACCCUUUCUGAACUGUUCGCCGGGAUGUCGAGACCAGAGGGCUCCAAUUGCGACCUGAGCCUUGUCCUGGACGGCGACGCCACCGUCUGCGUGCAGUGCGUUGAGAUUUAUCAACGUUUGGACCAACAUGCCCAAGAGAAAUACGAGGAGUUCCAGAGCUUGUUUCAGAAGUAUUUACAGUGGGCAGAUUACUCUGUGAAAAGUUGCAUCGAUGACUGCAAGGUAAGAGCGUGGAGCUUUUAUUCACCGUGUCUUGUUGCUUGGCUGCGUUGGAGAGUAUGGAGUUGGCCAUCUCUCUCUGUCGGCGUGGCCACGGUCUUUGGUGGCAGGUGUGCGCCCGGAUUCCUCAACUAGGAUCCUGUUUGAAGUGUGCGAUGUACGGAGAACUGUGUUGCUUUGUAUGAUAUUAAUGUUGUAUGAUAGUGUUGUGUUUGAGCGGAGGAUGGUGCUGGUGAUUUUUGCGCAGUUGUGAAAUGCGGAGAGCGGCGCAAUGUGAAGGCAGUCGGUCCCACAGUGCUGGGAUGUGACCAGCCGUGUGUUUCCACCGGGAUGCUAGCGCGAAGAAAGUGGCACUGCACUUGUGGAUUGUUGUGCUGCCCGACCACCUAGUCGGGUCUGAGUGGCUUCUGCUGUUGCGGUUGUAUAUUUUGUUCCAUGGUUUAAUGAGCGUACUGUACUCUUGGCCGUUGGCACACACCAGAUGCGCCGUGGUUGCAAAUCCCAACUGGAAUCCGACCGUGCAGUUACGAUGCAACUCUGCACAUUCGCAAAGCAGAGUUUUGCAUUCCAAGAAUGCCACGAUCAAUCUAAUUUAUGUAUAAGCGAUAAACCGCCCGAUGCUUUCUUUCCCUGCUGCCUAUUUAUUGAAUGUCGACUCUUAUUAAUAUGUUGUACAUGUCAAUACACACGAGAUCGAAAAAAAACCUCUUCAUUUAGUUGAUUUUUAAUCUUGGUCUUGACUGCUUAUAUAGUAAUAAGAUAAGCAUUAGAUAAGUUAAAACAAUGAAUGUGACGUAUAACUCCGCGGUUAGUGAAGGAGUCUGGUCAGGCGAUGAUAUUGCCUUCUUGAACUUAUUAUUAUUCGCCUCACAACCUCAAAUGCAGCCGGGAGUGAGCACAGGAGGGUCAGUCAGACUAUGUUUGCAGUGCUAUUAAAACCAGGGCAGUCACAAACAUUGUCAGAUCAUUUGCAAACACUUAGGAAAAGGGGAGCAACAAGAGAAUAUUUGAAGUGCACAACU